CAGGAAGGGGUUUAAAGAGGGUGGAAAAGGCGCCACGAUGGUUUAUACCACGUACGUCUAGUAGUCCGCGUGUUACCUCUUAAGGACGCAGAGUACUGCAUCGCUAUAUUUUUCAAUCUAACGGUAUUUUUUUAGCAUACACUCUCUGAUUUAUUUAGUAAAAUAGUUUCAUCCAAUUGUUAUGAAGGAAUUAAAAAUUAAAAAAAAAAAUGAAUAAUAAAAUUGUGUAAAACAAUGUAUUUGUUUUGUGUUGAAAAAAAGUUAUUGUAAUUUUCUGAAGACAAAAAAAAUAUUUAUGCAUUGAAAUGAUGAUAAAGAGUAUAAAAAUUAAACAAUAGUGGAAUUGAAGUAUGAAGAACAAAAACAACCGAGAAAUGCAGUUCAUAUAAAAAAAUAAAAAAACAACAAAGUAUUAAACUGUUGACGAACAAAAAGCUGCGUCUGUCAGUUGAUUGACGUCAGGAAGCUCAGAUAAAAACACUGCAAAUGUGGCUCUGUGUACGGUGAGCCGGAACAACCGCGGCCGUAAGGCCCGGGGUGGAACAACUCGAUCCGGCGGAAUUAAAAUAGGCUUAAGUACACGCGCGUUGUGUGUUCCGGGCCCAGUGGCGGGGCCGCACGGUCAUAGUGGUGGUGGAGGAGGUGGAGGCAGUGCAGGUGGUGGAGGUUGUGCUGGAGGUGGAAGCCAUGCCAGUGGAGGAUCCGGACAUGUAUCAGCCCAACAGCAGUACCAUCAACAUCAGCGAGAUCAUCUCUCGACGCCGACUCAUGGACAGAACACUGAUGAAGCGAGCAACGCGGUUGAUGAGCCCAUGGUCCCCGUCGAGAGGACUCAGGCCACCGGAACCUGGAUAUGCUGCGUUCCCUGUUACUGGGUUAAAAGAAGCAAGUCUGUUCAUAAAGCUCUCCUAACUUUUGCUAUGCUUCUUGUGACGAGUUUACUAGUUACCAGUCCGGUUCUGUUCCUGAUCACCACCCUUCCAGAUGCUGACCAGCCUCGAAAUUGCGCUCCUCUGGACGAAGCUUGCAUCAGAGAACGAGAUGGACAGGAUGAAAUAUGUGUUACAAAAGCAUGCAAUGAGGGCUCAAGAAAAAUGUUGGCAUCGAUGAACAGGGACGUGGAUCCAUGCAACGAUUUUUAUCAAUUUGCUUGUGGAAGUUUUCGUGACCGAGAAUCCUCGCCAUCCAGCUCUAGCUUUACCAUACUCCAGAAGCAAAUCGAUCGUAAAAUUCAAACGCUGUUAGCCAAUGAAACAGGACAAAUGGUCGGAGUAUUCGAGAAAAUAGGACUUUUUUAUUCAAGCUGCGUGGCACAAGCUGACAAAGAAGUUAACUUCACUCCAGUAUAUACGCUGCUGGAAGAAUCAGGCGGCUACAUACCUCCGAAAUCAUCAGCGUCAACGGAUAUAACUUUUCUGGUAGCGACACUUCUUAAAAUAAAUGGCGCACCUCUUUUUGAUUUCUACGUCGAUGUCGACUUGUAUGAUCACACGAGAGUAUCUGUUUUUCUGGACCUGCCCUCAAGACAUUUGGCAGACACAUUUUUUUCCAAUAAAUAUAAAGACGGACCAAGAUGGCACGCAGAGGCAAGCAUGAAAAGAGUAAUCCGCAAAAAAAGAUCUAAUCCUGCAGAGAGUCAAGCGUAUACCGUCAUCAAGAACGCAAGGGAUGAAUACAGAUGCCACACAAUUGAAAAAAUAUUGCACCAAUAUUUACCAAUGAAUAUGGAGAAGCGUGAGCGAUCAUAUGAAACUUAUUUGUUGUUACAAUUCUGUUUAUCACUUAGCAAGAUUUAUCCUCGGCAAAAAGACUUGUAUAAUUGGGUUGACGUUGAUCAAAGAGUGUACGUGCCGUACAAUCUGACGUACCUUCAGGAUAACUUCAAUUAUAUAAGGUGGAAGACGCUGUUGAACAUUACGAUGGAUAAUGACACUUUGAACAAUUUGUACAAACAUGGAACUACUGACGAUCAGUUUGUGUAUGUUUACAUCACUGCACCUCGGUAUUUCAGAAGUUUAGGGAAAUUGCUCAAUCAAUUUUCAAAGAGAGUUGUUCACAAUGGUUUGCUACUUUUAUAUGCAGUGGAUACUCUUCACGACAUCGUAAACGUAACUGCCAGUAACAAUUGGAAUGUAUCUUGCAGCAAAUUGACAAGAAAUUUAUUUUCCGAAAUGGUUGGAGCCUUAUAUGUACAACAAUAUAAACCUCAAUAUUUACAACUACUAGCCGGUCGAGUCAAUAAUUUAUUCGAGCGAGUUAAGGAAACAUUAGCAGAAAGGAUAUUAGUAAAAUCUUGGCUUGAUGACGAUACCAGGGCACAAUCUUUACUGAAGCUAACUGAGCUACGAGGCAAGUUUCACGUUUGGCCUGGUUUUCAUAAUAAGUCUUUACUGGCGCAUGAAAUGGCUAAGGUUGUUAUCGAGCCGGAUUUUUUUACUACCGUAAUUAAACGAUUCCGACAAUUACGUAACCUGAAGGACCAAGUUCUGAGAGGAACACUAAAUGAUAGAUGGCGAAAUCCUUAUGCUGUUAAUGCAUACUAUGAAUCUUCAACAAAUUCAAUAGUGAUACCACUUGCCAUGAUGACUGCCUGGUCGUGGUCAUGGGAAGGAGGACCAGCUUAUUCUGCUCACGCAACUCUAGGUUCCGUAAUCGCUCAUGAAAUUCUUCAUGUAUUCGAUCUUCACCAUCGCUUGCCUUUAGAUCCCGAGAUAAACUUAAAAAAUUGGGUUUGGAUUACUCCCAAAUCUUGGAGUCAACUUGAAAGUAAAAUAGAAUGUGUAGCGAGGCUUUACGCUAAAAGGUUUUGGAGAAAAGUUCAAUUUUACGGCAAUGAAGUAGAUGUACAGUUUGACUGGAAUGUUACGAGAAACGAAAAUGUUGCUGACAUUGGUGCUCUCCAAAUUUCUUAUCAAACCUGGUAUACAUUAACAAACGGACGAGAUCGAGCUUUGCCAAUUUUAGACGCUCUCCGCCCAAGUCAAAUGUUUUUUAUUAGCGCAGCCCAGACUUACUGUACUAACAUGACUGCCGAGGCCUAUAUCCUUUCCGUCGAGCUUGAUUAUCACACUCCGUCUCCAGAGAGAGUAAACGUUGUUAUGAUGAAUUCGCCAGGCUUUGCCGAAGCUUUUCGUUGUCCACUUGGUUCACGAAUGAAUCCGCCUAACAAAUGCAGCACAUGGUGAUAUACUAAAUAAAUAAACUAUGAAUCAUCAUUUUAAAUAUUGAUGAAUCAAUUACAAAAAAAUUUGGCUCAACUGCGACACUUCCGACGAUUUAUGUGGUUUUUUAUUUAUUUGAGAUAAAAAAUAAACAAAUGCAUUAGUUAUUAAAUUGCCAAUAUCCAUAAAACACCAGUCAAAAUAAAAAAAAAAUAAAUCAAUUAUUGCAAUUUAUGUUUACAUAAUCGUCGGAAAAAUUACGUAUGUCGUACAUUGUGAACGGUAGUUAAUAAUUAACUGUAAAUAUUAAUACUAAUCAAUAAUAUAUUAUAUUACUAUAAUUAUAGUUAUUAUAAAUAAUAAUUCUGAAAAAGAACAAACAAAAGUUUUGAAAAAAUUCUAGGCCUUAUUGGAUGAAGAAUUUAUUAAAACUACGGAUUGUUUAGAUUGUUUGGCUUAUGCAACUAUAAUUGUUAGUCGCGUGCAAAUAAAUAAUCUAGCUAAAAAUUAUUCACAGUCUGAACAUUUUUAUGCAAUAUAAAUACGACAAAUGUUUAUUUUACUAUUGUUUAAAUUUAAAUAAGUAUAAUUAUCACUGUUAAAAUAAUUAAUUAUAUAUAAACAUUAAGAAAACUGACGCCUAUAAUAUUAACUUCAUGCUAAUAAUUUUAAUGUUUAUUUUUAAAACUUUAUUCUUCAUAAAAUAGACAGAAAUAAUUUAACUGAAAAUAUUUUCCAGUAAAAUUACGACUAUUUGUCUGGAAAUUUUCUAGUUAGAUAAUAGUCAAUUAAUAUGGUAGAAGAUGUAAUUUCAUUAAGAAAAUAAAUAUUUUAAUGAAUCUUGAAAUAUUUUAAAAAAUAUUUCACCUUUUUUUCGUGUCGAAAAAAGUCGACAUGUGUACAGUAAAUUGUUGUAAGUUAUUUUUCUUUUCCAUGAGAAUUUUUUUGAAAAAAAAUAAAAAGAAAUGAUAAAUAAGUAAUUUUAAAAAAGUGAACCAAUAAUGAAAUUAUAAGAAUUGGAAGUUCACAUUUUUCUAAUAUGAAAGUAUAAAUUGUGAAGGAACAAAAAAUAACGAAUACCACUGUCAAUAAAAAUUUAUUUUUUUAUGAAACUUCAAUGUCUUGAUUGGUUAACUAUAAAUAAAUAUUUAUUGGAACGAUAUUUUGAAAUUAAUAUGCCAAAACAACUGUUACGAUUUUUUGAAUAUUGUCAUUCGCUUGCACUAGAGAAAGUAAAAAAAAAUGUUUAGUGCUCUUCUUAUACAAAGUUUGGUGUCAUUGCAUUUUUACUCAAUACUUUAUUAUCGAAAAUAUAAAAGAAAAACAUUCCCAAUAUUUAUUUUUUUUUGUUUUUUGAUAAAAAUCGAUUAUAUAAUAUGGUUUUAUUAAAUUUUUUAUUGAAAAAUGUUUAAUAAUUUUAGGCUAGCAUUAAAUUUUUUUUUUUUUUGACUUAAUAGAUAUUAUGUCUGUCGAACGAAUAUUCAAAUUAGUCAUAUCUUUUUGGCAGUAAAUUUUUGAGUAUAAAGUAAUUAUACCAAGCAAAGAAUGUUUCAAUCUCUACUGAAAACUAAUUUAUUGUAUAAAUAAUUAAGAUAGUUGAUAAUUCGUCAUUAGAAAAGAUUAUUUUCAAUGUGUAUAUUCAUUUUUUAAAAAUAACUGGACGUUUGGUAAGAAAAUUCAAUUAUAUGAAUUAUUGAUACCAAGAGCAAUGAUAACUUUAAAUUUAAUUUUGUGUGAUUAUUUAUAAUUUGGUUUGAAAAAAUGUCAAUAAUCCGAGUCAAAUUAUAUAAUAUGUAAUUAUAAAAGAGGGCUUUAAUAUAUAACAGACGAUAAAUCGAAAUAGAAUGACGAGAGUAAAUUAUAAAAAUAAAUACAAAUGUUCCAAGUCGUAAAAUUAAGGCUGUGAACUUACUCGACUAGGUUGUCAAAAAAAAAAAAAAAUAUUGUGAUUGCGGAUUUAAAUAUUGUCUGGAGUAAUACAGUAAUAAAAAAAAAUAUUAACUGGGCUCCUUAAUUUUGUAACGUUGAUACCUUAGAUUCGAAUUAGAAUCUGGUGUGGUAUGAAGACAAAAUAUUUGUUUUAAACGGUAAAAAAUUUGUUGUGAUGUAGCCGAAUGUAAAGGAGACAAAAGAUAGAUGAUAAUUUGUUUACGAGCAAUAAAUACUAGUAAUUAUUACUAAGAUAAAUGCUAAAGUUUGAAAAAUGAAA